CUUCAAGCAGAAUCAUGUUCAGACAGAUAGAAGAAAUGGCAUCUUUCAACAAAUUAAAAAACAUGCUCAUGCUGGUGUUACACUGGAUUCUGUAUGGAGCUGGUGUUACAGAUACCUGCCAAGUCACUAUAACACAACCCAAAUUUCAGGAAGCUGAGUACUCCAUGCACACUGUGUUCCUAACAUGUACUUUCUCAGCUUUUGGAUGCUCCUCGUCCCCACCUCAAGUUCUAUGGUUUCGCUUUUUAACUAAGAAGCAUGAGGAUUUGUGUACUCCAGGAUGCAUAGAUCAUCAGAAGUACAAAGUACAUUUAUCAGAAAAUAGCAUUUUACUUCAGAUCAAUAACCUGACUGUAGAUGACAAUGCUGUCUAUAUCUGUGGAGUAGCAUUUUCAGAUUCAAGUUCACCCCAAUCUAAACAAACAGGAGAUGGAACAGUACUAACGAAAGCAGGAGCAGAGAAGCAGCACAGCAACAGAAAACUCGGCUUCAUCUUCAUGAUCAUCACCUCAUCCUUACUGUUUCUAUACAGUGCUACUGUAUUCACAUUCUUUUUAGUCUACAAGUUAAAACCAAAGCUGCUAAAGAAAAGAGGGAAUGAAGACCAAAGAACAGAGAACUGUAAAAUCACCAGUGGACGAAAAAUUUUUCAAGCAAUUGCCCAGGAACUUCAAAAGCAGAGGUACACUGAACAUUGCCAACAGCCUGAAGAUUUGGAAGAUGACACUGUUUAUCAGAACAGAUGAGCAUGUGCAGCAGUUCAGAUUUGUUCAGUAUUUCCCACGCAGAUGAAGAAGGGGCAGAUGAAGAAGUUGAGCUUCUUCACAUACUUCCUUUGCUUUAAAAAGAGAGGAGACCUUGCAGGGCAAUGUUCUUGAAGAGUAUAUUUGAGGUUACCAAACCCAAGUGCAUUGUACAUUACAUCUAUGCUAUAUUUUACUUCUAUUUUCCAUUCUGCAAGAAUAAGAACCAUGGGAAAAGACUUCAUAAGAUAACUGCUAACCUUCAUAAGUUUCCUUUUUCAGUUUAGAUUUAAUUCUAUGUAUUUUUUUCUUUUCACAUAAGUUUAUAUGUAUUCCUUUGAUGUGAAUUGAGCAUUUGUGAAAGAUGUGUAAUUGACAGCAACAGAAAAUAAACUUGUUUAACAUGUGAAAUUUUGAUUUUAGUCAUGUUAAUGUGAUAGUUAUAGAUGCAACAGAUAUACAGAAUAACAGUUACUGAGUCUUAACAACAGCUUAAACAGAGCAAAACCUCUGUAUUCUGUAGACAGGUAAGCGGAAAUAACAGACAAUAUAAAUGCAUGUACUAUCAUAGUAAAGCUCAAUUGGAAUAAGAGCUUCUUCCCAGGCUAUUUAGAAAAGGAAAGUAGAGGUCAUAGUGAGAAGGUUGCUCCUGCAGUAUUAAAACUCACUUGCUAGACAGUCAACCCCCGUCUUCCACUCCUACUAUCCAAAGUCAGGAUUACCUGGAGCAACAAGUUUUGCCUUUACAUGCCUGUUCAACAUGGAGGCAAGAAUGAACACAGAAGAAUAUUAGCUAGCCAAAGUAGUACACAAUGUAUUUUUUUUUUAGCACCUUUUCUUUUAGCAGUUACUAUCUAGCCAAUCCACAAACUCCGCACUUCUACAAGAGAUCUGUUAGUAUCAGGCAUUCUCCCUACCUAAGAACAGCUGCAUCUUUUAUCAUCAUUUAAACGAAGCAAAGCUUUGUAUAACGGACGAAAUGGCAUUUCUCACUUCAGCGAGAUGAGAACUGACAACUGAGACAAAGCAAGGGUUCACCAAGCACAGAUCUGUUUCCAGCUCAAUUUAGCAGCAAGGAAGAUGGAAAAUACACCUUUGUCUUCUUAUCCCUGUCAAUCAAUCACAAGGAAUUAAUGUGUUCAACAGGAAAAUUUCACAAUCUCAGGCUGCUAGUGUUCACUACUUGUGAAGUAUGGAGCCUCUGACAUUUUUAUUUUAGAGAAAUUUAAACCAGUCUAGUCACAUACUAUCUAAUAAUGCCUUUAGAUAAAUAUGGUGUCUGUAUUAGGAUUUUUUAUGACCCUAUGGGACACCUAUUAAAAACAUAGUUAUAUUUAAUAGGUGUUCUUAUGUAACUAGUCUAAUACCUUACGAUGCAUCCAACUUACUUGCCAAAUCUAGACAUGUGCAAAAGUGCAUUACUUUUUGUUCUUUAUUUUGAAAAUAAAACUCUGAAAAGCAAAGCCCCAGAAAGAAUUUAUGAUUAAGCUACUUUGUUUGGACUCUAGGUGUCACUGUAAUUCCAGAAACAGGAAGCACAGAAAUAUAUUUUACCUCCUCCUCCACCUUGCUUUGUUCUCUUAAACCAAGUUUUAUGUUAUUCACAUAAACUGUUUCCACAAUUAUCCUCCCAUUAGAUUACACGCAAUAACCCAAAUAUCUUGUUUUGAUCAAAGUUGUGUCUCCAUUUGUAGGAGCUGAUCUAUACACUGAGGAAACACCUCACCUGCCUCAUCUCUUCUCUAUUUGUUUCCCCUCUAAAAUUCAGAAGUUUCUCUAGGCGAGUCCAAACUGGUUUUAAUUAGCUUCUACAAGAACUUACUCAA